AGGGAAUCGCGGCGGCGGCGUUAUUAUUAACGCCGUAUUUCCGUCCACCGCCGCUUCUGCUGUUGUCGCCACUCCUUGGGCUGCGCUGCUACUGCUGCCGCCUCUGUGAGAGGAUUGCCGCACGCUCUCUUUGCCUCCCUGCCUCGCUCUUCCUCACAACCUCGUUAGUGCUGUUGUGGAGGCGGCGGCAGCGGCGGCGGCGGCACAGGCAUAAGGACAAGGGCGCUGGGCGGAGGGGGGACCCAGGAAAGGCCAGGGCGCUCCCUGACUGCACCAGAAGAGCCUUGCAGGCGCCUAGCUAUGAGCCGCACGUGGGGGAUCUAAAGCCUGCCCUUCCUGCUGCUGCUGCUGCUGCUGCUGCUGCUUCUGGUGGAGGAGCAUGCUCUGUACCCAGCCCAGCUUUCUCCAGGAAUUGAUGCACUUACAAUUGACGAGUCGUUAUGCUGCUCCACCUGUGUAGUGUUAAGAAUCUGUAUCAGAACAGGUUCCUAGGCCUGGCUGCUAUGGCAUCCCCAUCUAGGAACUCGCAGAAUCGGCGCCGAUGCAAAGAACCUCUGAGAUACAGCUAUAACCCUGACCAGUUCCACAACAUGGACAUUGGGAAUGCUCCCCAUGAGACAGUCACUAUUCCUCGCUCUACCAGUGACACAGACUUGGUCACCUCAGAUAGCCGGUCUACACUCAUGGUCAGCAGCUCCUAUUAUUCCAUUGGACAUUCUCAGGACCUAGUGAUUUACUGGGAUAUAAAAGAAGAAGUGGAUGCAGGAGACUGGAUCGGCAUGUAUCUCAUUGAUGAGGUUUUAUCUGAAAAUUUCCUGGACUACAAAAAUCGUGGGGUAAAUGGCUCUCACCAAGGUCAGAUUAUCUGGAAGAUUGAUGCCAGCUCAUACUUUGUAGAGCCUGAAACGAAGAUUUGCUUCAAAUACUACCAUGGAGUGAGUGGGGCAUUGCGUGCAACAACCCCCAGUGUGACAGUGAAGAACAAUGCAGCUCCUCAGAUUUUUAAAAGUAUCACCAAUGAAGAUUCAGUCCAGGGUCAGGGAAGCAGAAGACUGAUCAGUUUUUCACUGUCAGAUUUCCAAGCUUUUGGUCUGAAGAAAGGUAUGUUCUUCAAUCCGGACCCUUACCUAAAGGUUUCAAUCCAGCCUGGAAAGCAUAGCAUCUUCCCAGCUCUUCCUCAUCACGGACAGGAGAAGAGAUCCAAGAUCAUGUGUAACACUGUCAAUCCCAUCUGGCAAGGAGAGCUGUUCAGCUUUGUUUCCCUGCCCACUGAUGUCCUGGAAAUAGAGGUGAAGGACAAGUUUGCAAAGAGUCGGCCAAUUAUUAAGCGUUUCUUGGGGAAGCUUUCUAUGCCAGUGCAACGACUGCUGGAGAGACACGCCAUUGGGGACAGGGUUGUCAGUUACACUCUGGGACGAAGGUUGCCAACAGACCAUGUCAGUGGCCAGCUGCAAUUUCGAUUUGAGAUAACUUCUUCAAUCCACCCAGAUGAUGAAGAGGUCUCUAUUACUGCAGAUCCUGAGUCAACAGAAUUCCAGGAAAGCCCCAUGAAUAUCUCAUCAGAGGAAAUCCUUGGUGAGCCUCCGUGCACCAGCACAGUGAGCUCAGAAAGUGCAGCUCCAGAGAAGCUAAAUGGAUGCUCAGUGAUCUGCAUCAAUGUUGAUAACUCUGGUGCCGGGGAGCUCACCCUGAACAGCUUCUUAAAAGAAGAACUAGCAGGAAAUAGGGAGUCUGAUGCAGUGCCAGCAGAUAAGGUUGAUCCCUUGGAAUCCAUCACAGGGGAAAUGAUUCCUUCCCUGAGUGCUAUGAACCUCACUGAGCAACUGGCUCUGUUGGCAUGCACGCCCCCUGAAUCUGAAGUUAGGGAAAAUAAUAAAGUCAAUUCUGUUACUCAAGGAGACAAUGACAUAUUUACCAGCAUAGAAGCCCUAUCAAUUGAUGAGGUGAGUGGGGAUACGCAAGCUAUCAAGGAUCUAGAGAAGAGUCAGGAUGACGAAGGAGCUUCAGCCCAGGAGGAGGAAGACAAUGAUGAAGGAAAGGAGAAUAACAAGCUACAGCUAAGGACCGCAAUGAGAAGGAAGAACAGGCCUUGCUCUUUGCCUGUGUCAGAACUUGAAACAGUAAUAGCAUCUGCCUGUGGAGAGCCUGAGACUCCUCGUACGCACUACAUAAGAAUACACAAUCUCUUGCACAGUUUGCCAUCAGCCCAGAUGAGCAGUGAUGAUGGAGAAGGGGAGGAGGACCAAGGCAGUGUGAUAGAGAAUGAUGAAGAAUUGACGGUCAGGGAAGUAUCAGAGAAAGACUUGGUCAGUGAGACUGAAACUGUGUUGGCGGAACUUCCCCAGGAAAACAGAGUGGAAGAGACUUUUGUCCAAGGAACUGUGCCUUGUAGCAACUCCACUGAGCACCUUGCUGACUUAAAUGAACAACUAGCAGAUGGUGAAGGGCCCAGAACUGAAAGUGAGAGUGAAUUGAGUCCCAGGCCUAAUGGUGAUGCUGAGUGUGAAAUGUGUGACACAUCCUGCUACAGCCCAUCCUGCUACAGCACUUCCUGUUACAGCACCUCCUGCUACAGCACUUCCUGUUAUAGCACCUCUGGUCAGGACAGUACCAACCAGUUCUCAAGCCAUACCCGCUUUUCCUCUGUUGAUAGUGCAAAGAUUUCUGAGAGCACAGUUUUUUCUUCACAGGAUGAUGAGGAAGAGGAAAACAGCGCUUUUGAGUCGGUGCCAGACUCGGUGCAAAGCCCCGAGCUUGACAGGGAGCAGGUGAACGGCUCUGCCCACUGGCCUGAGGAAUUGGUAGUUCAUGGAGUGAAUCUGCAGAGAACAGCAGAAAGCCUAGAGUCUCCAGUAGCAGGCCCAAGCAACAGAAGAGAAGGUGAUUGUCCUUUACUCCAUAAUUCUCAGCCAAUCAACCAGCUUCCUUCCUUGAGGCCUGACCACCAUCACUACCCAACCAUUGAUGAACCUCUUCCACCAAACUGGGAAGCUCGGGUAGAUAGCCAUGGACGGGUAUUCUAUGUGGAUCAUGUGAAUCGAACCACGACUUGGCAGCGUCCUACUACAGCAGCCACUCCGGAUGGAAUACGCAGAUCAGGGUCAAUCCAACAAAUGGAGCAACUGAAUCGGCGGUACCAAAAUAUCCAGCGAACUAUUGCUACGGAAAGGACAGAGGAGGACAGUGUUGUCAACAACAGGGUAGAGAGGCUCCCACCUGGAGGAGGCAGUGAUUCUGAGACAGAUCCUUCUCAAGCAAAUUCAGAAACUAGAAGAGAAGCACCUGUUUCGCCUGUGAAUUCUCAAAAAAUCACUUUGUUGCUGCAGUCUCCAGCUGUGAAGUUCAUCACCAAUCCUGAGUUCUUCACGGUGCUGCAUGCAAACUAUAGUGCCUAUCGAGUUUUCACCAACAGCACCUGCUUAAAGCAUAUGAUUCUGAAAAUCCGCAGAGACGCUCGGAAUUUUGAGCGGUAUCAGCACAACAGGGACCUGGUAAAUUUCAUCAAUAUGUUUGCUGACACACGGCUGGAGCUUCCCCGAGGCUGGGAGAUCAAAACUGACCAACAAGGGAAGUCCUUCUUCGUUGACCACAAUAGCCGGGCUACUACUUUCAUAGAUCCCAGGAUCCCACUUCAAAAUGGCCGCCUACCCAACCAUUUGACUCACAGACAGCAUCUUCAGCGACUCCGUAGUUACAGUGCUGGGGAGGCAUCAGAGGUCUCUCGAAACAGAGGAGUUUCUCUGUUGACCAGACCAGGCAACAGCCUGGUAACAGCAAUUCGAAAUCAGCACCAUCAUGAGUCUUUACCUCUGGCAUACAAUGAUAAAAUUGUUGCAUUUCUACGCCAGCCCAACAUUUUUGAAAUGCUGCAGGAACGUCAGCCAAGUUUGGCAAGAAAUCAUGCUCUCAGGGAGAAGAUUCACUACAUUCGGACAGAAGGUACAAAUGGGCUUGAAAAGUUGUCCUGUGAUGCAGAUUUAGUAAUACUACUGAGCCUUUUUGAAGAAGAUGUUAUGUCUUAUAUACCCCUUCAAGCAGCUUUCCAUCCUGGGUACAGCUUUUCGCCUCGGUGCUCACCCUGCUCAUCACCUCAGAAUUCUCCAGGCUUACAGCGUGCUAGUGCAAGAGCACCCUCUCCUUACAGGAGAGAUUUUGAAGCCAAGCUUCGCAACUUUUACCGAAAACUAGAAGCUAAAGGAUUUGGCCAGGGUCCAGGUAAAAUUAAGUUAAUAAUAAGACGUGAACACCUGCUGGAAGGCACUUUUAAUCAGGUGAUGGCUUAUUCACGGAAAGAGCUCCAAAGAAAUAAACUCUAUGUCAUGUUUGUUGGAGAAGAAGGUUUGGACUACAGUGGCCCAUCCCGAGAGUUCUUCUUUCUAUUGUCUCAGGAGCUCUUCAAUCCAUACUACGGCCUCUUUGAGUAUUCAGCCAAUGACACUUAUACCGUCCAGAUUAGCCCCAUGUCAGCAUUUGUGGAAAACCACUUGGAAUGGUUCCGGUUCAGUGGUCGUAUCCUUGGCCUUGCUCUUAUUCAUCAAUACCUUCUUGAUGCUUUCUUCACGAGACCAUUCUACAAGGCAUUGUUAAGGCUGCCAUGUGAUCUAAGCGACUUGGAGUACCUGGAUGAGGAGUUUCAUCAAAGUUUACAGUGGAUGAAGGAUAACAACAUCACUGAUAUCCUGGACCUCACUUUCACAGUUAAUGAGGAAGUGUUUGGACAGGUAACAGAAAGGGAGUUGAAAUCAGGGGGUACAAAUACACAGGUGACUGAGAAGAAUAAGAAGGAGUAUAUUGAAAGGAUGGUGAAGUGGCGAGUGGAAAGAGGUGUAGUUCAGCAAACAGAAGCCCUAGUCCGUGGCUUCUACGAAGUUGUAGACUCAAGGCUUGUCUCUGUUUUCGAUGCUAGAGAGUUGGAAUUGGUGAUAGCCGGCACUGCGGAAAUAGACCUUAAUGACUGGCGCAACAACACAGAAUAUCGGGGUGGUUACCACGAUGGACAUAUCGUAAUACGAUGGUUCUGGGCAGCAGUAGAGAGGUUCAACAAUGAGCAAAGACUACGGUUGCUGCAGUUUGUCACUGGGACAUCUAGUGUGCCAUAUGAGGGCUUUGCAGCCCUUCGAGGGAGUAAUGGGUUACGGCGCUUCUGUAUAGAGAAAUGGGGCAAAAUAACAUCCCUUCCAAGGGCACAUACAUGUUUCAACCGCCUGGAUCUUCCAACCUACCCAUCCUAUUCUAUGCUAUACGAAAAGCUGUUGACAGCUGUUGAAGAAACGAGCACCUUUGGACUUGAGUGAGGACAUUCAAGCUUUUUUAAUGUGUUCCUGUCAGUAACAUCACUCCUUUCCCUGCUGCCGUAUGAUUUUGGUUUUUUGCGUUUUUUAUUCUGAGGGAAAACAUCAGGAUUGACAAAAGCUGUGCAUGAAGAACAGCCUUCUGUUAAGAACUAACCUUCAUGCGUUCAUCUUUGGUUUCCGAUGGACAGCUAGCCUGUAUGCAAUGAUUUUUUUUAAAAAAAAACCUAUCUCAAGGUCUCUCCGCAUACCUCCAUUAGUAACAAUGAAAAUAUGAAUGCAAGUUAUGCUACACUUGACCAAAUGUUAAUAAAUGUUUACUCCCACCUACGUUGGUUAAAAAACAACAAAAAACAUGGAGCAUUCCAAGCUUUUAUAUGCACAUCAGGAUUCAACCCACAGUUAAUCUUGCAUCUUAACAGCUGUCGUCUGCUAAUGGGAGAUGGCCAAGAGUCUCUUUCAUUCAUCCUUGAUUUUUUUUUUUUUGUACAUAUCGCGCAAAGGUGAAAUACACCUAUGAACAAAAUGGAUUUUUUUAUAUAAGAACUCAUCAUUCACAUCAACCUUCAUUACCUGGAGCUGGGCCAGACAUAUGAUGCAGAUAAGACAUUCAAACAAAACAAACCUGUAGUCCAAAAGCAAAGUGUGCCUGUGAUUGUUAACCAUUGUUAAUUGCCAGUACUGGAAAGAACUUGCACUUCAGAGCUAUUGAGGCUUGGAUGGGAGGUCACACAUAUUGUAAUGAGGACAGGCAAGAAGCACCCAAGAAGGAUGUCUUAUCAUGUAGCAUAAUAGACAACAACACCUUACCUAAUCAUUGUACAUAGCAAAAGUAACAGGAAGAAUACUCUCUUCUUAAUAUCUGCUCGUUCUGCUGAUUCCUUGUUUAUGUUUAAAUACUUCCUUACAGAAAAGAAAUAUAGACAAU